AUGAGCCUGCAAGCAAUCAAAUACCACGAUGGCAAUCUGGCCAUUCUUGAUCAGCUACAACUCCCGUAUGUGGAAAAGUACUUGACAAUACAUACGAGCGAAGAUGGCUGGCAUGCCAUUAAGGAAAUGCGAGUUCGAGGAGCGCCUGCCAUAGCCAUUGUGGCGGCCCUGGCCCUGGCUUCUGAGCUCAGUGCGCUCAUGACGAGCAGCCAGUUACCAUCCGAAACAGAGGGCACUCGAGAGUUGAUUUCUGGGAGAUUACACUACCUGGUAAGCAGCAGACCGACUGCUGUUAAUCUGAGUGAUGCUGCUCGAAAGCUUGAGGCUGUGGUGGCCGAUAGUGUCGAGAAGCCCGACUCUACAAGCUAUAGUGUUGCAUCUUCCUAUAUCAAGUCUGCUGAAGAGAUGUUGGCCAAGGAUCUGGAGGAUAAUCGAAUGAUCGGGAAGUAUGGCGCAGACUGGAUAAUGGAAAAUGCGAUUACUACCCUCGAAUCUAAGGCCACUGUUCUGACACACUGUAACACGGGCUCUCUUGCAACAUCAGGUUAUGGAACAGCAUUGGGUGUGAUUCGUGCCCUGGCGUCAAAAGAUGUGCUGGAACAUGCAUACUGCACUGAAACAAGGCCAUACAACCAGGGCUCUCGCUUGACAGCAUUUGAGCUGGUUCAUGAUAAUCUACCGGCCACUUUGGUAACAGAUUCCAUGGCUGCCGCACUCUUUGCAGGUGUAGAAAAGGGCGUGAAUGCGGUUAUUGUGGGGGCAGAUAGGGUAGCAGCAAAUGGCGAUACAGCCAAUAAAAUAGGCACAUACGGCCUCGCUGUCCUAGCAAGAUACCACGGAGUUAAAUUCCUCGUCGCCGCGCCGUUAACAACCAUCGACUUGGCCACCAGGUCGGGCAAGGAUAUUGUCAUUGAAGAACGACCCGCCUCUGAAGUUGCCCAGAUAAGAGGUCCCUGCAAGGAAAGUGAUUCUAACGGAAAUUUGAGGUUGGAGACUGUUUGCAUAGCAGCAAAGGGAAUUCAAAUCUGGAACCCUGCGUUUGAUGUCACUCCCUGUGAACUAAUUGACGGCAUAAUAACUGAAAAGGGUGUUAUAGAAAAGGGCAGUGACGAUCAAUUUCGACUGGGGGAUCUGUUUUGA